AUGGCUACUCUUCGCUUCUCGUCGAGGCCAUGGGCAGCUUUCCUCUUUGUUCUGGGAUUGAUUUGCGUCUUACUGUCACCAGCAGUCGCGGUCAAGGAAAACGACUUCAAGAAGUGCGAACAGUCAGGGUUCUGCAAGCGAAAUCGAGCAUACGCCGACAACGUCGCUUCCCAUGGCUCGGCAUGGGCAUCCCCAUACAAGGUCCUUCCCGAGCAGGUCUCAUUCAAGGACGGCAGCCUCAAUGCCAUCGUGCUGAAGGCGAUUGACGACCAAGGCGCGACCGUCGAACUCCCAUUGACGGUAUCCUUCCUCAAGUCUGGUACCGCGCGUGUCACCGUCGACGAGAAGCUUCGACAGCAGAAAAGCAUUGAGCUCCGCCACGGCAGCCAGGCUAGGAAAGAGCGCUAUAAUGAGGCAGAGGGCUGGGCCAUUGUUGGUGGGCUGGACGUAGACUCGGAAGCCACAAUUGCUUCCCAGGGCGAUGCCGGCAUCAAGAUCACAUACGGACCCAAUGCUGCUUUCGAGGCGGACAUUACAUACAGUCCCUUUACUGUCGCUUUCAAGCGUGAUGGCGUUACGCAAGUCAAGCUGAACGACCGGGGCUUCAUGAACAUGGAGCACUGGCGUCCCAAGCUGGAGAAGACCACCAAGCCUGAAGGCGAGGAGUCCGGUGAAGGCAACACCUCUGAGCCUGCCCCCUCCAAUGACGAGAGCACUUGGUGGGACGAGACUUUUGGUGGAAACACCGAUUCGAAACCCCGUGGUCCCGAGAGCGUUGCUCUUGACAUCACCUUCCACGGCUAUGAGCAUGUCUACGGCAUUCCAGAGCACACUGGUCCCAUGUCGCUUCGUGAAACACGUGGCGGCGAGGGCAACUUUGAGGAACCGUACAGACUCUACAACUCUGAUGUGUUCGAGUACAUCCUCAAUAGCCCCAUGACCCUUUAUGGCGCCAUCCCGUUCAUGCAGGCGCAGCGCAAGGACUCAACUGUUGGAGUGUUCUGGCUCAACGCGGCAGAAACCUGGGUCGACAUCACCAAGGCCAAGGAAGCGAAGAACCCUCUUGCGCUCGGCAUUGGAGCGAAGACCAACACGCACACCCACUGGAUCUCUGAGAGCGGUCUGAUGGACAUCUUUGUCUUCCUCGGCCCAAGCCCACGCGAUGUCCUCAAGAGCUACACCGAACUCACCGGCACCACAGCGAUGCCCCAGGAGUUCGCCAUUGGCUACCACCAGUGCCGCUGGAACUACGUCUCCGACGACGAUGUCAAGGAGGUCGACCGCAAGUUUGACAAGUUCAACAUCCCCUACGAUGUCAUCUGGCUUGACAUCGAGUACACCGAUGACAAGAAGUACUUCACAUGGCAGUCCGACAUGUUUAAGGACCCGAUCUCUAUGGGCGAGCAGCUCGAUGCCCACGGCAGGAAGCUCGUAACCAUCAUUGACCCGCACAUCAAGAACGUGGGCGGCUACCACGUGUCGGACGAGCUCAAGUCGAAAGGCCUGGCGGUGAAGAACAAGGAGGGCAAGGACUUUGACGGCUGGUGCUGGCCCGGCUCCUCGCACUGGAUCGACGCCUUCAACCCGGCCGCCAUUGAAUGGUGGACCUCCCUCUUCAAGUAUGCCAGCUUCAAGGGCACUAUGAAGAACACCUUCGUCUGGAAUGACAUGAACGAGCCAUCAGUGUUCAACGGUCCUGAGGUGACAAUGCCCAAGGAUAAUCUGCAUCACGGCGGCUGGGAGCACCGCGACGUGCACAACAUCAAUGGCAUGACCUUCCACAACGCGACGUACACGGCGCUCUUGUCCCGCGAGAAGGGCGAGCUGCGUCGUCCGUUUGUGCUUACACGGUCCUUCUACUCUGGCUCGCAGCGCCUCGGUGCCAUGUGGACAGGCGAUAACCAGGCCAGCUGGGAGCAUCUAGGCGCUGCCGUGCCCAUGAUCCUGGCGCAGGGCAUCUCAGGCUUCCCCUUUGCUGGAGCCGAUGUUGGCGGUUUCUUUGGCAAUCCUGAGCUUGACCUGCAAGCUCGUUGGUUCCAGGCUGGUGCCUUUUACCCAUUCUUCCGCGGACACGCGCACAUUGAUGCCCGGCGCCGCGAGCCUUAUCUGCUUGCAGAACCGCACCGUUCAAUCAUCACCGCUGCUCUGCGUCUACGGUACGCGCUGCUGCCUGCAUGGUACACGGCCUUCUUCCACGCCAAUCAGGAUGGUAGCCCCAUUGUCCGCCCGAUGUACUGGACACACCCUAGCGAGGAGGCUGGUUUCGAUAUCGACGACCAGUUCUUCGUCGGCUCCACAGGUCUUUUAGUCAAGCCCGUCGUCGAGAAGGACAAGACAUCUGCAGAUAUCUUCAUCCCUGAUGACGAGCUUUACUUUGAUUACUUCACCUAUAAGAAGCUGGCCACUCACAAGGGCAAGCAUGUCACCGUUGACGCCCCCCUGGAGUCUAUCCCCGUCCUGAUGCGUGGUGGCCACAUCUUCCCCCGCCGCGACAUCCCUCGACGGUCCUCACAGCUCAUGAAGUUUGACGAUUACACCCUUGUCGUCGUCAUCGGCAAGGACGGCAAAGCUGAGGGCGAGCUGUACGUCGACGAUGGCGACUCUUUCGAUUAUGAGAGCGGCCAGUUCGUGCACAAGACUUUCACGCUCGACGGCUCCACCUUCACCUCAGCCAACGCUGGUGGUCGCGAUGCGAGCAGCGUCAAGAAGGGCAGCUGGCUCAAGCAAUUUGACAACGUGGCUGUCGACAAGAUCAUUUUCGUCAAUGCCCCGUCCAAAUGGUCGAGCAAGAAGGAGGUUGAGAUUGAGAGCGGGGGCAACAAGACCCCAGUCAGUCUAGACUUCCACAAGGCUGAGGGUGGCCGUGCCGCGUUUGCCGUUCUCGGCCGCGUUGGCGCCAAGAUUAGUGCCGACUUUUCAGUCGACUUUUCUUGA